AAACAAGUUCCUAAGAAAAAGAGAUACAAAUACAAAAAUACAAACUCAUUACAAAGCAUUCACAGCAAUCACAGCACUAUUAAACAGCAGAUCAACCAGCAAAAGAAAUAAUAAACGGGGAAAGUGGUAGCACAGCUGACAGCUCUUUAAAAAUUAAAAAAUAAUAAAAAUGGCAGAAAAAGAAGUGCCAGGAACAUCAACAGUCACUGAAACGAGCUCUCAAAAUGAGGAUCCUCAACCCGUAGUACUUAAACUUAGGAAGAGUGAAGAUAAAAAGAAAGUUCAAUGGAAAGCUGAUACAGUGGACAAUGAAUUUAUGGGCAAAAAGUCUUCAAAAUGUUGUUGUAUUUAUGAGAAACCUCGAUUAUUUGGGGAAUCAUCGUCGGAAAGUGAAUCUGAUGGUGAGGGUGAUGGGGGACAUAACGCCUACUGUCCUGGUCAUAAAAAAAAGCAUAAACAUAAACAUGAGGAAAAGGCUGGCGACACAUCGUAAUCUAUGUAAUCCCAGUAAUCCAUAUAACAUGUGGUCCAUACACUAGCGUGGGCAUUCCUUGUUCUUUAACCUAAAGUGCUGGGUGAUGGAAGUGGGCUUGGGUACUUCAUCCACCUACAGGCAUAUAGUUGUAUCUCUAUCAAGUGGCUCAAUCUCUAUCAAAUGGUCUUGUAUAAAAGUCCAAAAUGAAUGUUCUAUUCAAAUUAUUAAUCAGCCAGUUUGCAACCGUGUAUUUUGAAAACAUUUUCUGGGCAAUUUAAAUCAGAUAAAAGAAAAAAUCUUGAGUGUUUUUGUCACAUCCAUUAGGCGAAAAUCACCUAAUGGGUGUGACAAGCAUUAUAGAUGUGACAAGCACAUGUGACACUUGGUGUGUUUCUUCAGGCAGGGCUCGAAAUUACGGCCGAGAUAUCUCCAGUCAAAGUGAUAAUGCAAAUGGAAGGCUAGCUAUUGCUAUAUGACCGUCCAUUAAUUUGAGCCCUGCAAGGCAUAUAACAUAUCAAGUAUCCGCAUAUACAUGCUCCUUAAUUCCCAGGAUCCAGAAUCUCAUUUUGUAAAAGAAACUUUAAUUGCAUGUACAAAUGUUUGUCAUAUGGUAGUCAAUCCUCAUUUCCACAAUAUUUAACAUUGAUUUAAUAUUGUUAUGGUACUAGUAACCAAUUUGAAUUUGCAUUUAUUUUUUAUCAAUAUGCUGCCAUCUUUUUUUAUGGUCACUCAGUGUACAACUCAGCUCCUGGAUAUGCUUGCAUUAGCUACGUAAUUUUUUUUUUUUUCGCUUUGUCCCAAUGCGACAGAUGUUUUUUAUGCAUGUGAAAU